AUGUCGACGCUCGGCCUGCGGGCCCUGGAUGUCGUCUCAGAGCAGCACGCGUGGCUGAACGCUGCCGACGCGCUAGUCCUGGUGCAGACGGCCAAGAGCUGUCUCUCCGUUGCCAAGCGUGCCGUCAUCAGGCGGCCGGGCGGUGUGCUCGUCGCACCGAAUUUGGUGGGCGUGCCCGAGACGCGGCGCCGCAAGCUCAGCUACGCCGGGCUGCAAGCACUUGUGCGCCUGCUCGAUGGCGCCAAGGUCCAGGCCUGCACGCUCCUGCACGUUAAAUUACUAGACGCUCGCUCACAUGCGGAACUUAGCGAAGUGCUCGGGCACUGUUCUACCCUCUUGAUGCGAGACUGCUUCUCACUGACGCCGGUGCAUUUGACAGCGCUGCGCGAGCUGCGCGUCAGCUACGGCGCCCUGGGGACGGAGACGCUCAAUUCGAUCGUCGCCGCCUGUCCACCACAGCUCGAAGGCCUAAUUCUCGCCGGCUGCUCCGCGACGACCAAGGACCCGUUUCUCGCCGCGCUGGGUAAUGCCCCAUGCGCACAAAACCUACGGCGGCUCGACCUCGCUGGCAUGAAGAAGCUCACCAGCCAAGGUUUCGCAUACAUCCGCAACCGUAUGCCGCGGCUGGAGAUGUUGGGGCUUGACGGCUGCGACAACGUGAGCAUGGGCGAGAUUUUGUUUAUACUUGACACAGUAGCGCCGUUUCCCGCGUUGCGCCGUCUUCAUGCGGCACGCCUGGCGCCGUCCAAACGGCCAUACCCCGGCCCAUGGAACGAGGCUCUGCAGGCAGGACUCGCCGUCGACUCCUGCACUUGGAUGGCGCUCACGGACGUGUGUCUUGCUGGACAGUGCAACGGUGCUUGGACGCUCGACCGUAACAAGAACCCCGUCUGGGAGUCGGCACUCGGCCGACACGGCGACGAUGCGGCCGCCGCCUCCAUCGUUUGCUUCGAAGCUGGGGCAGCGGUGGGCGGCGGCGCCUCUGCCAACAGUCGCGACCGGGCCACGCGCGCCGUGACGGCGUUGCGGCGUCUCGACGCCCGGGGCCGGGUCGCGCUGUCCGUCGCCGUGUUCCUCGUCUGGCGCGCGGCUCCGAAUCUCAUUGAUCUGGACGUCUCGGACUCGGACGACGACGUCCCGGGGCGCCUGGUCAAGCUCUGCGCGCGGCUCCCGGCGCUGUGCUCGCUCUCCGUCGCCUGUAUCGAGCCGUCCCUCGACGACACACGCCUCCGUUCCGCGCUCGAGGCGCUCCCCAACCCGACGCGCCUGCGCCUGCUCGACGUGUCGGGGAACGCGUCGAUCACGAGCGCCGGCGUCGCGGACGCCAAGCGGCGCUGCGGCCCGCGCCUCGUCGUCGUCGCGCGCGGGAUCGACGGAGUCUCUCAGCGCCGGCCGCGCGCGCGCUGCGGCGGCGACUGCUGCUCGUUCGAGCGACACGGCGUGAAAAUGUUGAAGCAGGAUGCGUUCGGCUGCGCGACCUGCGGUCUCGACGGCCGCGGGGACGCUCUCUGCACCCAUUGUGCGACGACGUGCCACAAGGGCCACAACGUCUUCUACAUCGGCCACAUCAAGAUGUACUGCGACUGCCCGCGCACGUGUGGUUUAUGUAAUUAG